AUUUUCUCAUUACAAAACUUAAAUAUAGCAAUUAUAAGUUUUUAUUUUGUUAUAAAUUUUAUAAAAUAAAUCGCAACAUGUUGGGAUCGAUACAUUUUCCGUUUUUUACCACCACAUCACUAAUUCCCACUCAGCUGUGUGCAUAUUGUUUAUACCAGGUGCAACAACAAAUCAUCUGUAAAUUUAACAUGGUCAAAACAAGUGCUUUAUGCAUCUUACAAUUAGAACAUUAAUUCAUUAAACUAAAAUGGAAAAAUUCAGUUUUUCUGAACUUUUAGCAUAUCAGGCUUCGAAUACAAAAAUAGUGAACUUUGAAAAUGAGCUAAGUAUCGUUUUAGAUAUUAAAAAUUACCAAAAUUUUGCUCUUAAUCGUCGUAUGUCCUCCGCUUGGCUAAAAGCUAUAAAGUAUGCCCAUCAGAGGAGUUCUAGUUCUAUUCAGCAUGCCAUUCAAUCUGCAAUUCGACUGCGUGAAGAAGGAAAUACCUUCUACAGUUCAAAAACUGGAAGCAAAUUUGAUAAUAUGAUUAAUGCUGGUCAACGAUAUACUCAAGCUAUAUUAACUGCAAUCGGAAAUACUGAGUCUUUAGCACUGGCUUAUGCCAAUCGUGCAAUGGCCUUACAGGAAUUGGAAUACUAUCAACAAGCGUACGACGAUUGUGUUUGCGCACUUGAGACAAAUCAUUAUCCAGUGAAGCUUUUACACAAAAUUAAAAUACGUCAGGCCUUUUGCGCAUAUUAUUUAAAGGAUUCUGAGAAACUAAAAAAACAUUUAGAGGAAUUGGAGAAAUGUACUCUAAAUGAAAAUUUUACUCAGAGAGUAAAAGAAUUACAGAAAGGGUUAAACAUGUUAGACGAGGAAAUCAAAAUCAAAACCGAGGAAGCCAUUAAUACGGUUGUAAAAUUUAAGGAAUCUACCGAAGUGAUUGACACCAAAGAAGCUAUCCGUGGAAGAUAUAUGAUUGCUAAAAGAGACAUAAAAACUGGAGAGGUAAUUUUUUGUGAAAGGAUCAGUUCUUUUGUACCUGUAGAAGGCUGUCAAAUAUGCCAACAAUGCGGAGUUAUAUGUCCGGGAUAUCUCUGUCGAUUAUUUGAACAAAUAGGCAUAUCCCACCUAGCCUUAAGAGUUGUACUAGAGGAUUUUCCAGCAAUAUUACCAAUGGUUUCCCAUGAAACGGACAUCUAUAAACUUUGGCAAACAUUGAUAACACCGGGAGGUUCGCUAUAUACCAAAACUGGUGUGAAUUAUAUACAGACACUACAAAUGGUUACACAUAUGCAAAAAAUGACUUUACCGAAUAAAUUAUGGUUUGCCCUAGUAGCUGAUUUAUUAGUUGUGUACCUUAAAGAUUAUACAAAUUUCUUCGCUUUUACAGACAAGACAAAGCUGAAGCAAUGUGAUUGGGAGUCCAUCGUCAGUGGUCUUAUAUUUCGGCAUAUUGGCCAGUUUAUUGUUAAUGCGCAUACUUGCUCUUCUAUUUCGCCAACAUUUUACGAUAUCAGUUCUACUGCUAACAGAUUUGGUAUUCUCCUGGUUCCUCAUAUAUGGACAAAGCCUUUCCACCUGCGACGUGGCAUCUUACAUAUGAUCAGUGAAACUAAAGAAGUAUCGGCAGCAAACCUCCCAUACCUCAGUAUCUGCAAUCAUGCCUGUGGACCUACAUUGCGACCAAAAUUCUCAGGGAGGAAUUUCUAUGCAUUAGCAGAUAACAAUAUAAAGAAAAGUGCUGAAAUUUUUAAUUGUUAUACUGUUACGUACAGAAAUUCGCUUCGAGAUAUUCGUAGGGCAUACUUAAAGGAAAUUUAUCAAUUUGAUUGCAACUGUACAUAUUGCCAAAAACCUGAUCCUGACGAAUCCUACCUAAAAUACCAUGUAUAUAAAUGCAGAAAUCCAAAAUGUGGUGAAAAGUUUGUGCCAACCGCUAAUCAAGACGUUUCAGCAGCUCUUCAUUGGUGGCGGCUAGAAAACGGAGGAUUAUCGUGCACGAUCUGCUCUGAGGAACAGAAUGUUGAAUGGCUUAUAAAAUUUACAAAGUUAUUAGAAAAUGCCAAUUACGUACAAAAUCGUUUAGAACUGUUCCGUAUUUAUGACAUGGUCGAUGGUUUUCUGAUGAAUUUUCAUUCAUUAAAGAUGGAAAUGGGAAAUGAUUUAAUGAAAAUGUUUAUUAAAUCUUAUAAUGCUGGCGUAAUAUUUUCUGCAUUCGAGUUGAGCAAAUUAGUGACUGUUCUCAAUUUUUGCCAAAGAGGCACUAUUGAUCGAUGGGGUUUACAGUCCAUUGAGUACGUUACUAAAAUGUCUGUUAUGUGGGAUUUAAUAGCUGUUGGACUAUAUCAAUGCACGCAAUUAGAAUUAAUAACAAUGUUGAAAGCACUUGAUGUAAUAUCGGAUGAAUAUAAACAAGUUUUUUUGAAUUAUUAUAACGAUUACCUUUGAAAUAAAUAAAAAACAAAAAUUAUUUUGAAAA